AUGGCAUCAUUUAUAAAGUCAAAUAAGGGUCGCGAAAAAUUAAUUUACGGAGAAUACAUUUACACAAAGUAUAAAGAUGGAAAAGAAAAUAAACGUCACUGGAGAUGCGAGCUUUGGAGAAGCGAUAAAUGUCAUGGAACUGCUACAACUGACAACAACAACACUGUCACUAUUGGGCAGCAACACAAUCACGGGCCAUCACCAACUCGAAUUGAAUUGGCUAGAAUUAAAGACAAUAUCAAUAAAGCUGCUAUUAACUCCACACUUUCACCUAGGGCAGUUGUAAAUUCGCAAUUAGCGGGAAUCAGCGAUAAAGUUAAGGUUUAUAUUUUUUACUAA